CCGCACGCUCAGUUGCCACCAUCGCUAAGGCUGACUCAGGGAGCAGUGAAUUUGCCCGCUAGCGCACUUGUUCCUGCCUUGGAGAAAGAAUCUUUUGUUCCUGGUUAAGUGACAAUAACUUGCACGCUCCUCUCCCCGCCAAUUCCUGUAAUGGGCAAUAAUUGCUUUGGCUUUAAGAAAUGGCCAAUUCGGCGUCUGCGGCCUCUGCCCACCCUGAUUAUCAUCCCUGCCCUCAUGCCCCAGAACAAGAACAAAGACUGCUUCGUUGUGCUUGGCACCGCUGGCGUGGGCAAGAGCGUGUCCGUGCGGAGGUGGGUGCGUGUCAACUUUGGCGAUGCGUACCUGCCAACCAUCGCAGAUACCGACCGCCAUGUGCUGAGCUCCAACCACGGCGUCGGGGCGCUGUACAGCACCGAAGCCACCGGCAGCCCCCACUACCCGGGUCUGCAGCGCCUCGCCGUUGCUAGGGGCCCUGCUGUCUUCCUGGUUUACUCCGCCACCAAGAAGCAAACCGUGGAGGAGCUGAAGCCUUUCUAUAAGGUGAUCUACAAAGUCAAAGACAACACCUUGCAUAAAUACCCUAUCGUUUUGGUGGACACCAAAUGCCAAGAAAGCCGCUGGGAGUCUGCAGUAAGUGCUGCCUGCGCGUUGGAGUGGAAUUGUGCCUUCUUGGAGACCUCCGCUGAGAUGGAUAUCAGUGUGCAGGAGAUAUUUCACACGCUGCCAAACCAGGAGAAGACGCCUGCCGCCUGCCUUCACCAUCCCCAGAAGAAAUCCCUGAUGCCAGAGACCGCGGAGAAGCUGCUUAACAAGUGCACCGUCAUGUAAGCCCCGGCGUCCUAGGAUUGCGAACUUCUUCCCUUACAGUGUGCAGAAAACAUGGAGCGGUCCCAGUGUAAUGUGUUACGUGUGUGUGAACUUCUGUGCUGUGGUCUGGGUAACAACUAGGUGCCAAGGAGGACAGGAAAAAAAAAGGAGCGCUAUGCAUUUGAAGAUUACUUGUAUAGACGUUAGAGAUUAAUAUUUGAAAUAGAGAAUGAAAUGCUUGAAAGGAAUUGAAAGAGGCCACUGCUCUUCUCGGAGCUGUAAUUAUCGUGUGUUAUUUUAAAAACAUUUCAAGUCCUAAAAAUUGCCAUUGUGUAUUUAAUUGUUAAAAAAUGUGUUUU